AUGAGCAAAUUCACUUAAUCCCAAGAAGGAAUCAACAACCCAACGAUGGCCAACACAGACGAAUCAGAAUAUGUUUCCAAGCCCACGCCGCGGCUCUGCUUCCUCCGGCGUGACGAGGGCGAGAGGUACGGGUUCAACCUGACCGUGGAGAGGGGCUCCCGGGGUCACCUGGUCCGGAAGCUGGCGUCGCGGGGGGCGGCGGAGCGCAGCGGCCUGCGGGACGGCGAUCGGGUCCUGGAGGUCAACGGGUUCUUCGUGGACGACGUGUCUCAAGCCGUGAUUGCCCGGAGGAUCAGGAUCAGCGGAAACCAGCUGUGUGUGUUAGUGCUGGACCAGGAGGGCUACGAGAGGGCCCGGGCCCAGGGGGACGACCUCCUGCCAUUGGUGAAGUCACAUGAGAUGAAGGGCUGCAAGUCACCCAGGCUCUGCCAUGUGACCAGGAACCACUCUCUCUCUGGCCUGGGAGUCAGCUUCAACCCUGUGGAAGGAGAGAAGGGCCACUUCUCGGUGGGCCUGGUGCAUGGGGGGGCCGCGGAGAAGGCAGGGCUGCGCCGGGGAGACCGCCUGGUGUGGAUGAACGGUGCGGCGGUGUCCGACCUCACGCACUCUGCCCUCACCAAGAUGGUGAAGAAAUGCGGCGAUCACAUCACCCUUCUGGUGGUGGACAGCGAGACUGAGAAGAAGUACGUCCAGCAGAAGUGGCCCAUCCUCCCGGCCAUGGCGGUUCCCUGUAACCUGCCCCACCGAGCCAGGAGCCUGGCCCUGGCCCUGGGGCCCCAUGGCUACGGCUUCCUCCUGAAGGAGGGGAAAACCUUUUCAGGACGAACAGUUCAUGUGGUGCAGGAGGUGCAUGACGACAGCCCAGCACAGAGGGCAGGUAUGCAGGCGGGCGAGCUGCUACUGGAGGUGGACUGGGAGUCGGUGGAGUCCCUAGCACACAAGGAUGUGGUGGAGCGAGUCAAACAGAGCAGUCCCCAGAUCACACUCACCAUCAUCUCCGCCCAGGGGCUGGACUUCUACAGCAAGCUUGGUUUAUCUCCGGUUCUUUUCUGUGGAGACGAAGCUGGUGGGGAACAGCAGGAAAGGGACACUCCUUUGCCUUCAGUAACAGAGGAGACCCCAGAGCAGGUUGUAGCUAGCUUGUGUGCUAGCCUAGAGGACUCUGUAGCUAGCCUGUCUGCUACCUCAGAGGAGGUUGUGGAUGGCCUGCCUGCUCAAAGACACUGUGUCAUUGAAAAAGGACCUCUGGGAUUCGGCCUUGACUUUGACUCUGUCCAACACACUUCUGGGACCGUUGUCAGCCAGGUGACUCCGGGGGGGCCUGGCCACAGAGCAGGACUGGCAGAAGGUGAGGUGGUCGUUGAGGUCAACGGACACAAUGUUGAGAGGAAAUACCUGGAAGAUGUGCUCAUGUUGGUGAAGGCAGGUGGGAAACAUCUCUCCCUGGUGGUUAAGAAUCAAAGUCACCACAGCAACGAUCAGGAUCAGACAUGCUCUGGAUUGGAAUCUCAUGACUCUGAGGAGGAAGCUGGAGAUUCAUUUCUUUGAGAGAUAUUCUAAAGGCAUCAGUCAACGUAUAGGCCUACCCCUAAAACUACCUAAGGCACCAUUACUGUGUCAUAUAUAUUAUAAUGAAUCAAUGAUCAGACAAAUAUCUCAGACAAACUAUGAGUGAUCUCAAAUGUACAAAUAAAUGUAUAUUUAAAUGAGCUGUCUUCAGGCAAUGUUUAUAGCAGAAUAUAUAGCAUAUAUAGUACAUAAACAAACAAACACGAUGUAUUAACUGAAUAUAAAAGUAUAAAAAGAAUAAAAAAUAAUGGAAAUUUAUAUUGAAUUUGGAUUCGGGUAAAAAUAAAAUAUAUGUAUUUUAAUAAUUCGAAUUGUGCUAUCUUCU